AAUUAAUAAGCAGACAAUCCUCCGCGUGAUGCCAUGCGCUAUCAAAAGAUUUCUGCUGUUCUGUCUGUCUCUCUAGAGACGAGGACGGCCGUACUGUUGUUCAUCUGUAUUGUACCGUUGCUUUCUGUCAUCUUGACACACGCUCAAAGUCAAACGCAAGGAGCUUGUGAGAUGGUGAAAAGCCGUGAAGCUUACUUAUUUCGAGAGAACUGUAGCUAUCACGUCCAGUUCCAAUGUCCCACUAACGUUAGCCUGCCUGGAAGUUGCUACAAGAUCACAGAGGAAGGAGGUAGAACGGUAUUGCCAAGCCACAGAUAUAAGAUGCGCAAUUCUACGCCCCAAGGGAAGUUUACUGUGGAGAUCUCACCUACGCGUGAAGACAACGGACCCAUUUACUGUGCAGCAAUAGGGUAUAAGCCAAUUCAACUCUUCUUUCAGCAAGAAGACAUUCCUAGCAGCACUAUUGAGCUAUUAUCAGAAGACAACAGUGAGCUGAAGUUUAGUUGCACAAUUCGUGAAACCAACUCAUCUGCUCCGCUUAACAAUUACAUGAUCACUCUCUUGAGGAACGAAACCGAAGUUGAUGGAACAUAUGGAUACCCAACCACUUACGUUGAUGGCACAGUUAAACAAGAAUUCCUAAUCUCACGUCAGUCCCCAUAUGAUACCUAUAUAUAUGGAUGUCAAGUAAGCACAACAACCACACCAACAUGCCCUCUUAGUCGCACAAGCUCAAACAGAGUCAAAGCCAACAAUCCUCAACGUCCAAAGAGUCAGAUUCCUCCCCAAAAUGGUCAAAGUCCAACUCCAAGAGCAAAACCCCGGAGUCGUACUCCCCCUCAACUCAACUCUCAUCCCAAUCGUGUUCCCCCCAAAAGUAAAAGUAAUGACACCGACUUACUCAUAAUAAUAGGAGUACCAGCACUAAUAACAGUAGUACUCGUAUCAGUUGGCAUGGUGAUAGUAAUUGUACGGAAGUGUAGACAGAGUCCAGAUUGUUGUCAACCAAGGCAAAGACCACUACAGCAACCAACACAAGCGACAGAGCAAGAAACAAGAGUGCCAAAACAAGUAGCCAACCCACCCGUGCAAGAAACAGGACACACUGCCAUCCAAGAAAGCAGCCGAGGCAAAACCAGUCUGGACACAUGCACUCCAUCUGUUACACACUAUGACAGUGCACUAUAA